ACAGAACUGUAAAGCCUGAAACUUUUUUCCCAUGGCGAAUCUGAUCUAUCCCCUGUAUCAGCUGAUGACUCUGUUCACAGCGUUUCUGAACCCAAUUGCAUUUCAUGGUGAGCCCAAGCCAAGAGUGGAGUUUGACAGCCACAAAGCCCUGUUUGUGUUCGGAGAUUCUCUGUUCGAUCCUGGAAACAACCAGUACCUGAACGGAAGCCUUCCCCAACCUUCGGCUACCACCUGGCCGUAUGGCGAGACAUACUUCGAACACCCCACCGGGAGGCUCUCUGACGGCCGUAUAGUCCCUGAUUUUAUCGCUGAAUUCGCCAAGUUGCCGAUACUAACGCCGUACCUGAAGCCGGGUUCGCACCGAUUUACUGAUGGGACCAAUUUUGCUUCUGCGGGAGCUGGAGUUCUUCCUGAAACUAACUCCGGAACAAUACAUAUUAAUUUGCAGCUAAGCUAUUUUAAGGAUGUGGAAAAAUCAUUAAGGAAGGAAAUAGGCAAUGAAGCAGCAAAGAAUUUGCUUAAGAGAGCUGUUUACUUAUUCAGCAUAGGAGGAAACGACUAUUUUAACUUUUACACAAUGUACCCAAGUGCGACACAGACUGACCAGAGAAAGUAUGUGGAGAUGGUAAUUGGAAACUUAACAUCUGUGCUGAAGGAAAUAUAUGGUAUGGGAGGAAGGAAAAUUGCAUUCCAGAAUGCAGGGCCUCUUGGUUGCCUACCAUCAAUGAGAGAAAUGAAUCCUAAUCUUGGAGGUGAGUGUGCUGAAGAACUCUCAAAAUUGGCAGGACUCCAUAACAGAUACCUGGCCUCUGUUCUCAAGAAAUUAGAAAGUGAAUUGCCUGGAUUCAAGUACUCCUUGUUUGAUUACUUCAAUUCACUUGGCGACAGAGUCAGCAACCCUUCAACAUAUGGAUUUAAAGAGGGGAAGGCUGCGUGUUGUGGUAGUGGAACUUACAGGGGAAGCGGCUGUGGGGGAGGAGUGAGUGGAACAGAUCUAUUUGAGGUAUGCAGUGACCCUGGUGAAUAUGUGUGGUUUGAUGGUGCACAUACCACUGAAAGGACUAAUAGGCAGUUGGCUGAGCUGCUGUGGAGUGGAGUACCAAAUCUCACAAGGCCUUAUAACAUCAAACAAUUGUUUGAGCUAGCAUAGUAUGCUUGAGUUGCAAUGUAUCUCGACCUUUUUUAUGUGUGGGCAAAGGAGACCUGUACUUGAAACUCUUUCCACCGAAGAAGGCGUGAUUACAAAUUAUGUUAUGCAAUCCAACCCAAAAGAUUAGCUACCAAAUAAGGAAAUUGAAUGUUGGCUCAUAAGGAUUAAUUGUGUUCUUGAAGACAAAUUUGAUUCCGUAACUCGUGUAUAAAUAACCAACAAGUGCGGCUCUCAUGAAUAAGCCAAUUCAAUUGACUGAGAUGGCGAAUUUAAGCUCCAUACUAUUGUGUCUUACAACUCUGUCUGCUGUAUUAGUUCUUCACCCAAGUAACUGCAAUUCUCAAUCGGAGAGAGAACACAAGCUCCUGUUUGUGUUUGGAGAGCAUUGGAAUGUUGUAUGCUCUUGUAGACAUGUUCCUUAUUAUAUUUUGAUGUGAGAUUUUAACAACUUGUUUUGAUAGCAUGUAAAAGUUGAGUAUAUGGACUUUUAAUAUAAUGUUUGCACUCAA